CUUAUUUCUCAUCGCCGCUGUCGAGUACGCUCCCUACAUUCGUUUAGCACACACAGCACAUAUUACACUCCUAAUCAUGCGCUCCUUUGCUGUUCUUCCCCUCCUCACUCUCGCUCUUGGUCUCCUCGCCAGAGCCGCACCUACGGACAACAGUGUUUGCGUGCGGCCUGGCUCCGAGACGUGCGGUGCCUCGUCCAACUCCGGUAUCCUUGCGGCUGGCCUGUCGCUCUCGGAUCGAGUGGCUUCCGCCAAGCUCACCAAUGCCCAGCGUUUCGCGCGUGGAUUGCCGCCUCUCCCCCCCAAGAGGCUCGGGGUUUCCCCCACUCGCAGGGACCCGGUUCCUAGUUCAGUCAACUACCGCGCUGCCAUCCAAGUCAUUCAGCAAGAUAACAGUGCUGUUCUUGGGUACAUCUCGAAGAACUCGCUCAAUCAGGCGCAGUAUGCGUAUGACAAUGAUGUUGCCAACGCCCUUAUUGUCGAUUUUACAUUGACCGGUGGCGCUACGAGUGCUACUGGGAUAGACCUUACCACCGAGAACUCGGAUAUGCCCAACUAUGUCUAUCUCGGUCUUGUUCAAGGUCGCGAUGACACCGACUCGGUUCUUCAAUCUGGCAGCUAUCAAUAUGUCUAUAUCGCGAACACGAACCCCACCCCUGCCAGCUCACCUCCUCAGACUGUUGGCAACUCGUACACUCUGGCCACUGGCCUUUCGCGUACCUCUGAAUCCGCCGUCUGGUCCGUCGAUGUUGUUGCUCUUUCCCUUGCUCCUGUCUGGACCAAUCCCAGUGGAACUUCGGCGACGAUUCAACUGUUCGCCCAGUCAACGGCUUUGUACGCAGGUGGAGACUCAACUCAGUUCAAUAGCCGCUACCCUGCUCCGCUCACCCUCUACCGUCUUCAGCUCGUUCUUUUGUGACGCUCGGGUUGACAAGAUGUAAGUGACGAUAUUCAUGGUUCACUAGGCUUAGCAUUAGUGGCGUUUGUGAUUCUCUCCUACCAUUACAUUUCGAUUUUCUAUGUUCUAGCGGUAUUUUAUUUCCAAACAUGAGGAAAUGCCGCAGCAACAUCUCAAGAGGCAGACUGACUGGUGCCCUAGUCAUCGUGAAUCGCUUUCCUGGCUCUGGGAACUUUUUGUUUUCUGUUGUGAUCUCGGCGUCGCAACACACUAGCAAUCGAGCGCGCAUAGAGCCAUCUCGUUUCAGAUAUCAAACAUAGUCGAUUGUAUAUUAAAU